AUGAGCUGUGCGGAAGCUUCCGCGACGGGCCGCCGGGAUGCCGCCGCGGAGGGUUCCUCUGCGUCGCGCCGCGCAGCAGCAUCAAUGCCAGCCGUUACAGCAGCAGACGCGCCGCGGCGCAGCGAUUCGGUUCCGGUUAUCUCCGCUCGCGAGCUCACGCGCCGCUUCGUCUUCACGGAUCUGCUAGGGGAGGGAAAGUUCGGCCGCGUUUGGCGCUGCUUGGACCGCCACGGCCCCACCAGCGAGCCGCUCGCGUGCAAGCAGAUCCUCACCGCUCAUCUCACGGCGGAGCAACGGCUGGCGCUUCACCGCGAAAUCGCCGUCCUGCAACGCCUGCAGGGCCACCCGAACGCACUUCAUUCCAACAGCAAUUCCGCCCAUGCGGUAUACGCGCCAUGGGACUCGCCGCGAAACGCGCCGCACAAGUCCGCGCGCGCGUCCAUCUUUCCGCACAGCCGUAGCGAUCCGUCAGGCAGCAAUGCCGACGCUGCUGCUCAAGCUGCCGCCGCUGCUGCUUCCGCUGCUGCUGCUGCUGCGCGGGGAGUUACUUCGGCAUGCUCCGCGUCGCCGCCAGCGGGCGCAUGCACUGACGCGGGGGCUUCGCGGGUGGCUCUUCCUGCGCGAGCGAUCCCGCGGCCCCAGAUCGCGAUUCCGCGCGCAUACUCUGCUACAGAGAUUUCUCCGCGCGCAUGUCAUUCCGCCGCGGGAAAAGUCACUGGCGAGAGCGCAGCAGCCGCUUCUCCACGGGGCGGGGGAAAUGACGAGGAGGAAUCCGAGGAGGCGAUUUAUCCGAGCCUGUUUGGUGGGGCUGCCGAGCCUGAGGUUCGGCUCGCGGAUUUCGGCAUGGCGUGUGAGGUGCCUCCAGGCUCGGCAAUCAUGGGCCUGGCUGGAAGUGAACCGUACGAGGCUCCUGAAAUGGUGGAGAUGAAACGUUACGACCAUCAGGCAGAUGUGUGGUCCCUGGGGGUUCUCCUGCACACCCUCCUCUCUGCCACGUGGCCAGAAUUCCCGGAUGGAAGGCGUGAGCUGGUGCAGGAGGAUUUGACGGUGCGCCCGUGGCCGUCGAUCUCGGAAGAUGCGAAGGAUCUGAUCCGUCAGAUGCUGGUGGUGGAUCCGAAUGAACGGCUGGAUAUUCACUGCGUGCUUCAGCACCCGUGGUUGGUGAAAUGGAUGAGGAGGCAGAGAGGGCGGCCGCAGAGAGGCAAUCGGGAUGCUCCAGAACCGCUUGAGCUGCAGGGGCAAGGGCAUGUGAAGGAACAGCUGCAGCAACACCUGCCGAAGCAGCAGCAGCAGCAGCAGCAGCAGAAACUGACAGAUUGCCCCACCGCUGAACCUCCUCCCGCCAAGCUGAUCCCACUUUCCCCCCUCCUGCCCACUCUCCACGGCUCCGUCUUAGAAUGCACAGACAAGGAGACCGGCCAAGGGCUGGCCUGCAAAGUGAUGCUCAAGAACGCGCUGCGAACAGAAGCCGACAAAAACGGCCUGCGGCGCCGGCUGGAGAUAAUGAAGCAGGCCGGCACGCAUCUGAACGUGGUGUCGCUUGUGGGCGUGUUUGAGGACACGUGUGCAAUCUACGUGGUCAUGGAGCGCUGCUUAGGUGGCGACUUACUGGAGUACAUCAGCAAAAUGGGCGCGAUUCCCGAGCCGCAGGCGGCUAUUAUGUUUCGGCAGCUCGCAUCGGCUGUCGCCUUCUGUCACGACUAUGGGAUCCUGCAUCGCAACUUAAAGCCCGAGAACGUGUUUCUGACGUACGGGACGGCGGACGACCUAAACUACGCGUCGCCCGCGCUGUCCUCCUGUAGCUCCUUCUCCUCCUCCUCCUCCUUCUCCAUUUUCUCGCCGUCACUCUCCGCCUUCUCCACCCCGCAAAGCUCCCCCGCGCGGCAUGCAAGCGCUUCCUCCUCCCCCUCCCCUUCGUUCAAUCCCCCUUCCCCCGCUCCUUUCAGCAGAAGCACCGCCGCUUCCCCCGCCCCCUCCCCCGUUGGCUCUUCCCCCAGCCUUCCCCUCCCUUCCCCCUCACCGUCCGCGGCACCUUCCGCCUCUCGCUUCCAGAAUCCAGUUUUUGAAUCCAACUCCGAGCCCCCCGAUUCCUCCGCCUCCCCCGGCUCUGCCUCCGCAUCCGCCUCCUUCUCCGCCUCCGCCGCCGCCGCCACCGCUACCGAACCAGCAGAAGCAGUAGCUGCAGACGACGUACCCGACGCAGCCCUCCCUUCGUCAACCCCAGCCUUUUUCGCGUUCAAUUUUCAGGGCCCCUUCGUGCGACUUAACGACUUCACUCUGGCGACGCGCCGUCGCAGAGGGUCGUACGUGAGCGGAGCGGUCGGAAGCCUGCCGUACAAAUCGCCGGAGAUGAUUCUAAAAGGUCGCUCCAACGAGAAGGCGGACAUUUGGAGCCUUGGAGUUAUUCUCUACUCCAUGCUCUCAGCUCGGUGGCCCUUUUAUUCGCCUAAAAAGGCUGCUCUUGAGCGGAAGAUCCUGAAUGGCCACGUCGACUUUUCCGGUGAUCCCUGGCCGUCGAUCUCAGAUGACGCAAAGGAUCUCGUCCGUCGGAUGCUGGCUGUCAACCCGAACGAACGGCCUUCCGCAACGGAGCUGCUAAAGCAUCCAUGGGUGCUGAAGUUUCUUCUAGCGGAAUCCCAGGGGGGGAGCUCGGGCGCUGAUGCUGGCGCAGCAGGCACAGGUGUUGGGGGAAGCGGGGGGGUGGCGGUGGCGCAGCAAGUGAAAAACGGAAAGUUAUCCGGGAGGGAGGUCACUGAAGAGGGCUUAGGCGUCCCACAAGACGUGCCCAGCACCUGCUCCCGCUUCUCAUUCAGUGACUCGCUGAUGGUCCGCGUAAGAUCUAAGGUCACCGAUUUAAGCUUGCUCUUACCCCGCCGCUCCUGCACCGUUUUCCCUCCUUCCCCCAUUCCCUCUACUCCGCUUCCUACACUGCUGGACCGACUGAAAGCGCCACCGCUGAAAUCGCUACAGCUGCUGGGACCCUCCCACCCUUCUGAAAAGCUGUCAGCAUAG